GAACUCAGAAGCACAUUCAAGUAUUGUCCAAACCAUGGCCGGGGAGCUGAUUUUAGGGGAUUUCUUCACGGACUUCAGUACAAAUGAAUUUGACUCUGUCCAGUCCACCCAAUCUUGGAUGACUGACAUCUUUGAAACUCUAGAUGAUCAACAAAUCACUCAUGAUGAUUUGAUAUUAGAAAAUAUUCCUGAAGAAAUUAAGAUUAAGUUGGAUGCUCCUCUCUGUGACAUUCUGAAAACGGAAACUGUCGCAGAUGAUUUCUUUGUCGGCGAUGAGAUUGAAAUAAGAGAAUCUACUUCCUUGGUCUCCUCAUUCUUAGAUGAUACAGCCAAUUCUGACGAAUCUAGUGGUUAUGCAUCUUGCGUGCAAUCUUCGAACAACUGUUCUCCAAAUGUGAUCCACACGAAUAAUGAGUCUUCACGCCCUACAACUAUUCGUUUAGUCCCAACGUCAGAUACAAAGUCCUUUACUACUAACUCACCUCAUAAAAUCCAUGUGACGCGUAUCAGUCCCUCGCAAAACAACACUACUGUCCAAGCAGUUUUACAGGAGUCCUCUUUUAAGCUUGACGAUAAACCCAAUCGUGUCCACUUCAUAUUGAGACCUUUACCCUCAGAUUCAUCGCAUAAAACAGUAUCUUUAAAUGAAAUAAGCCUUGAAAACAAAUCUUCAGAAAAGCUCUCUUACUUAAAUGAGCACUCACACCUGACCAAUUCUAAGGGUUCAUAUAAAUUAUUGCACGUCAGUAAAGUUGAAGAAGACCCAGUAUAUGAUCGAAAUGGUGUUGUAGGAUCUUUAACGCCAUGCGGAUCCCAAUCCAGUUCGGAGUCUGAUUGUAGAGAUGCUUACGACGAUGACAUGCUAUGCCAAGAACUUUUUUUUGAUCACGAAAAUCUCAAUCAAAGUCCACUCGACCAGACCGGUUUCAAGAAGUCGCUUCUCAGUCAUCAAAACCUGGGCAGUCAUUCUAGAAAUGCUGUCACCAGUAAAGGUCUCUCUAGACUGCCUGAUAUUGAUACUCCAUUCUAUGAUGAUGGUUCAUCCAGUGAUUAUUCACAGUCAACGAAGAUCACACAGCAACGGUUUUUCCAUGACCAGAUGUACUCUCGUAUUCGUGGUACCACGCGGAUUGGGCAAUCUGACAUCAAUCAUCCUCAUAUGUUAGUACUCACGGAGGAAGAGAAACGGACUUUAAUUGCAGAGGGUUAUUCCAUUCCAACGCGUUUACCUUUGUCUAAACAAGAUGAACGCAACCUUAAGAAGGUUCGACGAAAAAUUAAAAACAAAAUAAGUGCACAAGAAAGUCGCCGAAAGAAAAAAGAAUAUCUAGAGGCACUAGAAAGAAAAGUCAGUAUUUAUUCACAAGAGAAUAUUGAUUUAAAACGUCGUGUGGAUGGCUUAGAAAGUACAAAUCGUUCUUUGCUAGGUCAAUUGCGUCUAUUACAGCAACUUGUCAGUAAAUCUAAAUCCAGUAACACUCCAACUUCGACAUGCUCCAUUGAUUCAAUAAAAACUGGAAAUCAAACAAAUCAUUUGAUUACGAAUGGCAAUGGUUCUGUUGAUUCUGUGACUCGAAUUACUCAUAGUAAUGGUUCACCUUCCACUUGUUUAAUGGUCUUUGCUUUAUGUUUUGCUGCCUUAUGGAUUGGGCAACCGUCGGGAAAUGGCAAUCAAAACGCACUGAACACUGGUCUAAGCUUUACUUUGAGUCCUCAAAGUUCCUUCAAUUUCUGGGUAUCACAAGUUCCGCAGCGUCUCGUAUCUGGUUCAUUAUCCCAGGUAAUACAUCAACUUCAGAUGAUUUAGUGUUCUUUUUUAUAAAGACCUUGUGUAACCAUAUUUAUAUAAAUGCAUUUCAUUUAUUAAAUCCUGAAAUUUUUGUAUCAGCGAUAGGUGAUAAAGGAAAUCAUUUCCAUUAAUAUUGAUGAUUGUAAGUAUUACUUACAUAAAUUAGAUAUUCUUUGGAUGUUAUUUUCAAACUAGUACAUAGUAUAAAAUGAAUUUAAGUAAAUUGGUAAAUAUACUUUGGACAGUUUCUGUAUAUUUCAUUGAUCUCAUAAUACUCUUCAAUCCAUUGUGCAUUCUUAAUGAUUUUUAAUGUUUUUUUGUGCACGGUCAGCACAUAUAUUCAUCAGAACAACAUGAACUUAAUGGUAAGUUAUGAUUAGUAUAAUAACUGUAUGCUUAUAUAUGUAAGUAGCCUGUUGGUCUUUUCAUAAUUUUCUAAUUCUAGAUUGGUUACUCGUUCUCAAAACAACCUCAGUUUAGUGGGUAUAAACAUAGUUCUUCCAAUAAUUUUGGUGUAAAGAAAUCAUAUGACACCCAGUUUGUGGCGCAUGAUUCACCACAAGAACAAACAUCAAAAUUAGUCAGUCAGUUCCCUCUACAUUCUUCAGCUACUCAGAAAUUUCACGUUCAGCGUUCGAGACUUCUCGGAGAAGCAAGUGAGUUGGAAGACUGUGGUCCUAGACAUUCAUUUUGGUCUUAUUUAUUCGGAAAUCCAACAUCAUCCAAACAUCAAAUUUGUGGUCGAAACGAUGAUCUACUCAUAACGGAACUUCAGCUUUUUGAUGACAUCGAAAGAGAUUUAAUGCUCACUCUGUCAUCUAACUCAACAGAUUCUAAAUACUAUUCGAAAUUCAAUGAAUCCAAAAGCUCUUUUCAUGUAACUUGGCCACCUGUGAUAGAAUUAUCUUAAAGUAUCAUCUAAUGAGGUUUACUACUACAAUUUUUCAUCUUUCAUGAGAUGGUUCAUGUCACCGUGUGUUGAAGGUGAUACUUCGUUAUGAACCAUUUCACUGUGUAUGUGAUACUCUCAUUUCCCAUUAGGAAUUACUAUUAUCCAGUUUUAACCCAAGUGCUAAUACAUUCAUUUAUCUAUGUUCUAAUAGUAUUUUCUUAUGUGACAUUCAAUGAUAAUAUUACACUUGUGAUCCGUUUUAUUCGUAAUUUAAUUUUUUGGGUGGAUGGUUAAUUGUAAUAUGUGUAAUUUGUGUUUUCAUUUAUAAACAACUGUGUAUAUGUAACCUUUUUGGAUAUGCUCCUGACUUUCUAUAUUCUUUAUUCCUUAUUUUUGUGGUUUACUUCUAUGGAAGACAUGAAUCGUACUUGUAAACUUAUUUAAUAGCAUGACUUUCAUCCACUUAAAUUUUUAACUCCAUAAUAUGAUUGUACUUUUUCAUCAAUCCACUGUGUGGAUUUGGGUUUUUGAAACAAAUCGGUCAUGUUCAUUCUCCGAAAAAUAAAUAGUAUUCAACUUAAUAUUUCCGCUGUCAGAUUUUGUAUAUGUUUAUUUUUGCAUUUACCUUACGGAGUAAUAAGUCUUUUGUAUUAUUAUUUACUAACAUAUAUUAUUCUCUUUUCUGUGUGUAAGAAAACAAAUGAAACUGUUGUGCUACGUUUUUCGCACAUAUACAUCAAGCUCUGUUAGUCUUUUACUCAUUUCCUUGUAAUUGCUUUAAUUUCUGGUUGGUUGAUUUAAAAUAUAUUAUGUCAGGAC